AUGGACUCUUCGAAUACAACUAACUAAAUUGGAAAAAAACAAACCAAUGAAUCUAAAGAGUUAAUCAUAGGCUAUUUGGAGAAUGCCUCAAGAGGUUAAACUGUUAGAUAUAUCUUAGAUCUUGUAGGUUAUCCUUACGCUGAACAUAAGUACACUUCUUCAUCUACUGAAUGGGAAAAAAAAAAAUCAGAGCUUGGAUUAGAUUUCCCAAAUCUUCCUUACCUGAUUCAUGGAGACUUUUCAAUAUCCGAGUCUUAAAAUAUUGUGAAUUAUUUGAUUGAAUUAACAAAUUAAUAGUACCUGUAUGGGGAAGGAAAAGAAAAAUACAGAGUAGAUAAUAUUAGAUUUGUAUGUGAUGAUUUAUUUUCAAAAAUUUAUCAAGCAUCAAAAUAAAAUGAAGAUGGAAAGAACAUGCUAAAUUCUUAAGUUAUUCCUAAAAUUUAAUAAUUGCAAAAAGCAUUAGGAAACAAGCCUUAGUUCUUUGAAAGUUUAACUAUCGCAGAUCUUUAUGCAUACAUAACUUUAAAAAAUUUUAAAACAGGCUGUUCGAAUGCAUACAUAGAAUUCGCUUCUACUUUUGAUCCUUUUUUAAAAAGAUUGGAAGAAAUCCUUUCUAAAAAAAACUAAUAUAAAAAUAAAUGA